AUGGCUGCUUUAGCUACAAUCUUCCACUCUCCUUCCCUACUCCCUAUCACCGGUCAACGGUCUCUCUCUUCCCCGACUCGGCUUCGUCCCUUGCCUCACGUUCUCAGAGGAUUUCAUAGCCUCCGACGCCGUGAGUUCCGCCGUUUCUCUCAGAAUGUUACGGCCGGACGGUUCAAUAACUUCUCGUGUAAUUGCUUAUCCGCCGUAUCUACAACCACUCUCGAUUACGAGUUCACAGAUGGUGGCAAAGAGGUGGAGUUGAAAUUGAGGUUGAAGACAGGUGAGACACUUUCUCCAAAGGAUAUCUCUGUGGACGCAGAUGGAACAUCUUUAUCUGUUAAAGAGAAGCGUAACGGGUUGCUCAUUACACUUCUUGAGACUAAUCAGCUCUUUGAUAAGAUCAUGCCUUCUGAAACCAUUUGGUACAUAGAUGAAGAUCAGUUGGUUGUGAACAUGAAGAAGGUGGAUGGGGAGUUGAAGUGGCCUGAUGUUGUUGAGUCGUGGGAGUCUUUGACUGCUGGGAUGAUGCAGCUUCUUAAAGGGGCUUCGAUUUAUGUUGUUGGAGAUUCAACUGAGAUUAACCAGAAAGUGUCGAGGGAGCUAGCCGUUGGCCUUGGGUAUAGUCCUCUAGACUCAAAGGAGUUGAUGGAGAGUUUUUCAAAGCAAACAAUCGAUUCUUGGAUUCUUGCAGAAGGGGUAGAUUCUGUAGCUGAAGCAGAAAGUUCGGUGUUGGAAAGCUUGAGCAGCCAUGUCCGUACUGUUGUCUCAACUUUGGGAGGUAAACAUGGAGCUGCGGGGAGAGCUGAUAAGUGGAGACAUCUUUACUCUGGAUUUACUGUGUGGGUAUCACAAACUGAAGCCACAGAUGAAGAAUCAGCUAAAGAAGAAGCAUUGCGAAACAAGCAAGAGAGGGAGAUUGGGUAUUCAAACGCAGAUGUGGUAGUAAAGCUACAAGGUUGGGACCCCACGCAUGCCAAGAGCGUGGCUCAGGCCUCGUUAAGUGCACUCAAGCAACUGAUCAUCUCAGACAAGGGACUUCCAGGUAAGAAGAGUCUGUACAUAAGGUUAGGUUGUCGUGGUGAUUGGCCCAAUAUAAAACCUCCGGGAUGGGAUCCGUCGUCUGACACCGGAGCUCAUCCUAGCUUCUCAUAAGUAUUCUUAAAAGAAUGUUCUUUUAUUCUAUCCCUUCUAUAAAACUAGCCACAAGCGUUGUUGCUCUUCAAGAGUUAUCAACUUCAUUGUUGUUGAUAAUUUGUUUUGAAGUAUAUUUGAUGAUUUGAGUAAGCCAGGUUUGAUGAAUAAUAAGAAAAAAAGGUUUGAUAAAUAACAAAGUAACAUAAGCUGUUGAUCAAUAAAGACAAAUUCAAACUGAGGAAAUAUCAAGACAAAUAAAGAUUAGUUCCACAACGAGUUUACUAAACGGAAAAAGUUCCUUUUGUCUUCAUUCUAGUUAUAAAGUUUCACGAGACAGGACAAAGAAGUCGACACAUUUUUUCUAUCCUCAUCUUUAACAGCCACUUGUGAUCGGUUCCAUUUUCAUGGCAUUUUGUGGCGGCAAGCGUUGCAGAGCUGUAAUGGUGGUUUUCAGAAGUUCAUCAUCUCCAACAAUCAUCCUCAGCUUCUUCGAAAAUCCCUCUCGAGAUAUCUUCUUCUCCUGUCAAAAAGCAUAUAUAUAAAACAAUGACAUCUUGACAUAUGGGUAAAGGAAAAAGCAAGAACUCAAAUAGUUUAAUUACUACUAUACCCUAAGUUGUUUGUAAUAAGCAGUGAUCAAGUCCAUGUCUUUCUGAGCAAUUUUUCUUGAGAUGGCAUUGAAAAGCAGAGGGUAAGGCAUCAAAGUAGAGCUGGGUCUCCUAGUGCUGGAACCAGCACUGUUGUUCCCACUUCCUAGCCCCUGCUUCAAACAAGCAAGCUGUGUUAAUGUUUUAAGUCCCAAUACACACUAAACCCUUGAGACAAUGAGACUCACAUUGGAGAGAGGACCUUUGGCUCCUUCCAAGGUGAGCCCUGAACUCUCAUGCUUACUCUGAGUAGCAGAAAGUAUAUUCCCUGCAAAAACGGUAUAUGUAACCUAGUUAUGUGAUGGUCAACAUAUUCAUAUGGAUUUAGCCAUGAACAUCUCACUGGACCUCCGGGAUGAUGAAGUGUGUUACUUACUACUACCCCCAGAGGUCACAAAAUGAUACAGGUCCAAAAUAGUUGAUCUUCAGCAAUGUCUAUAUGCUGUCUCCCAUUCAAUGCGUCAUCAGUAGAUUUUUUUUAUGGAAAUGAAACUUAGGGAGAAAUCACCUUCAGCAUUGGGGAUAGACAACAGCUUGAAGCUAACUACAAAUUCUGGGUAAACAUGAGUGUUCAUAUUCAUGUUCCAGACAAGAUAAUGCUUCGGACUCGAGACACUAUCAACUCCAUUAUCAUACUCUUCUCCACCAGUACAAAACUGAGCUCUAUCACCACAAAGAGGCUCCAUGUUCCCCAUUAUCACACGGCACAAAACCAUGUGACGCACACCAUUUUCAUCAACAUCACAAUGUGUAGCACUGUUAACAACAUCUUUCACAUUUGCUUAAAAGAGAACACUAAAAUCGUGGAAAAAAAAAGCAGAUAAGGGCAGGUUAAGAAAAACCUGAAGUAAGGACAGUUUGCAGCAGCUAAGUGAACACCAACACCAUACUUUGACUUUUUGAUUAACUCUCCACAGACUCCAAGUCCAUGCAUCGAUACAGCAGAUAACUGUUCCUUUUUCGCAGGAAGCCAAGCAUAUCUUAUGUUUGCAUCUCCUCGGCUUAGCUUAGUGAUGUCAGCUUGAUUCUUGAAAAGAGAUUGACGAUCUUUGGCGAUGUCACCUGAAAACCGAUACGCAUCAAACAACUCUACAUGACCUAGAGUGGCCAUACCUAUAACAAACUUUUCUUUGACAGCAUCUAUAUCAAGUUCUUCCUCAGCAGGCUUGACACCAGAGAACAUACUAGUUCUUGUCUCGUGGCUGCAGCUAUCCUCUGACGCCUCUUCACAUCUCCCAUUCGAAGAUCUCUGAACAAUUUUGAUAUCAUCUAUACUAUUCAACUUCAGCUUUGGUGAUUUUCCACCAUUGAUAUCAAUUUCAAGGUGCAGCUUGAUCUCACAUGGACCAUCUUGUUCAAGAUCUUCCCCACUGUCAUAAACUUCAGGAAAAAAGCAUUUUCCAGCAAUGUCAAUCCAUGCAAGGUGUGUUUUCACACCAGUUUCCAAGUCCAGUCGAUGCAUAUGUAAGAAAUCAAGAACAAAAUCUCGACCGGACAAUCUAACCUCAAUUGCAGCUCGCUUUGCUUCAAGCUCAUUCCUGAUGGCUCCAAUAAUAUGCUCAGGCAAAUCAGUCCAUUCACCGUUCUCAUAGAACAUCACACGCUUUGGGACUCCUGUCUUCUUAAAGUAAGAGUAGUAUCUGACCAAAGACUUCCCAGAGAGAUUCUCAGAAACAUUAGCUCUGUUUCUACUUUUAUCAAGCUUUUCAGUUGAACCGUUAGGUGAGAGCACGCAUUGCAGCUUUGCAAAUGACCUUCCAGUAUCAUAUGAAGUAAAGUACGCGGGAUGCUUUCUUUUUUUUCCAAGUCCAUCUUUAAAAUCACUAUCCAAUACCUUGACGAUGUGUGGUUCCAUUUCUAUCUGCUAACAACGCUAAACCUGAAACCUUGAAUAGGAACUCAGCUAACAAAUCUAAAUCUCUAGCAGUAAUAAAGAGGGAAACUCUUUAACAUCAUCAUCGAAAAUAGCUGCAGGAAGAAGAAACAACAGUCACCGUAAACAAAAUGUAUAUAAUUAAUCUCAGAGUACAGUAAAGAAGCAUAACAUAAAAAAGACUAUCAUCAUACAAUAACCACAUCGCAAAAGGCACUGCUACAAACACUAUUAGAAAUCAUCUAUAUGAAAUGAGUUUUCCAGAAAAAGCAACACUAUUGAUAUAAAGGCAGGACAUGAGGAGAACAGAUUCAGUAUGCAAUAUUAA